GUGUCCGGUGCAAGCUUACGCGGUCGAAGCGACAAAAUCAGUGAGCGAGGCUAAAGUGACCCGGAGCGCAGGACGUCGCCGAGGAAGAGACUGAAAUCAUGGACGCGGAUAAGGCGCAGAAAAUCGUGGAGCUGCGCGAAAAGUUCUUGAAGAAACUCGAGGACGAGGGACCGCCUGACUUGAGGGAAUUUCAUCCAGCUGACAUCAACAAAGUGAAAUCAGCAGAUGAUUGGUUACGGCGUUUUUUAGAACACAAUGAAUACAAUGUUCAAGAUUCCUUAAAAAUGUUGUGGGAAACUUGCGAAUGGAGGAGAAAUUUCGGCACUAACAACAUAACUGAAAGUAAUGUUAUAAAGGAAUACCUUGAAGAUGGAGUUUGUUUUGGUUAUGGAAAAGAUAAAGAUGGAAAGAAGCUUUUUGUUAUUAGAUCAAAAUUACAUUCAAAGGGUUCAAGAGAUUUUGCAGAACUCCAAAGGUGUAUUGUUUAUUGGUUUGAAAGACUUGAGAGGCAAGGAAAUGGAGACCAAAUCUCGUUAUUUUUUGAUAUGAUUGAUGCAGGUCUUUCUAAUUUAGAUAUGGAAUUAACAAAAUUUUUAAUAGGCCUAUUUAAAAACUACUACCCUAAUUUUCUGAAUUAUAUCAUAAUACUUGAAAUGCCAUGGGUAUUAAAUGCUGCCUUCAAUAUUAUAAAAUCGUGGCUGCCUGCCAAGGCGAUUCCGAAAAUUAAAUUUGUCAAGAAGUCUACUUUGAAAGAUUUAGUAGAUCCUAAUGUAGCAUUAAAAAUAUGGGGUGGUAAUAAUGACUAUACUUUUACAUUUGUUCCUGAAGCGCAAUCUGGUCUUGUUAAUGGAAAAUUAGAUAAUAGAAAGGUACAUUUUGCUGGAGGUUCACCUUUGACUGAACAAGCCGCAACUGGAUUUGGUGAUCAACCAAGAAAUGAAGAAGCCAUGUUAGCAGUGGAACCAGAUAUAUUAAUGUUUAAUAAGACAGGAAAUGAAGUUGUUGGAACAGUAUCAUUAAAAAAUAUUAUGACAGACAAAAAUCUGUCUUACAAAAUAAAAACUACAUCUCCAGAGAAAUUUAAAGUUCGACCAAAUACAGGAAUUCUUUUAGCAUCUCAAAAAAUUACAGUUACAAUUACGUUACAGCCUGGUUACAAUUCUCGAAAUCUUUUAGCAAACGAUAGAUUUCUAAUAAUGUGUCUUCCAAUUCAAGAUACAAAAAUAACCACACAAGAGUUGGUUGAUUUUUGGAAGGCAAAUGGCGCAACUGCAGAACAGCAUAGAUUAAUGUGUCGCGAUGGAAGUGAAGGAGCGGAUGGUUUAAGGUCAAGCAUGACUUAUUCUACUGGAGCUUCUGGAUCAGACAAUUUAAUUAAUUCAUUAUUUUCAAAGAUAACUCGUAUAGAGGAACGAUCAGUGAAGCUUCAAAAUGACAUGACAUUAAUAAAGCGAAUUUUGCAGCUCUCUAUACUCACCAUACUCUUUCUCCUCUCAUUGAUCGUUUACAUUCUAAAUAUCAAUAUCUUAAAUUCCACUGAAGAGAGAAAUUGCCAUAAUGUAGAAGAUUCGAUUGCAACAGCAGUUCAUGACGAAAUCUAGUCUUGAAAAGUAGUGUAAGCUUUUCAGCGUGCAUGAGGCACUUAUAAAAUUUCCAAGAGAGGCCAUUUACCUUUCAAAGUUUUUGUUAAUUAUUUUUCUUGUUGGGGCGAUUACCAAACUUUAUUUGUUAACUACGUUUUUAAUAGUGAAUGUGAGUAAAAUUAUCAGGAACAAGUUUGCAAUUUUUAACGAGGAAGUAAUUAUUUUUGAUCAAUGUUGUUAAAUAGGGAAUGAAACUUCUUUGACAAGAUACGCGUCAAACAACAAUUUUCUGAUAAAUUUACUUACAUUAUCUAAUUUUUAAAAUUGAAAUGAAUUUUUUUAUCAUGUCAUAGUUCGCGUCGAUUUAAAAAGCGUAAGUCUCAAAUAUUAUAUCAGCUUAUACCAAAAUAUUUACUUGUUGUUGAGACAUGUGCUUGGGUAACGCUUACAAUGUAUGCAUGAAGACUUUUUUUUACCAAAAACAAUGAAGGAUUAUAGCAAAAAAAUUGACGACAUUAAAACUAUUUUUAUAAACUUUUA